AUGACUAUCCCCUUCCCCAUGAUCGGCCCCGAGAGCUACGGCCUCUACACUCGCCGCGCUGCUCCUCGCAACGUCGCAGAGGACGCCCUCGCCAAGGAGCUCGAGUCCACUGAUGUCUCCCGCGGCCAAUUGGGCUCGCGCAGCUCCUCCGCUGCCACUAUGGCCACCACUUCCACCACCUCUUCAUCCUCCAGCUGGAGACAGAAGCUUUCUCAAAAGUACAAGAAGUUCCACUUCGCUUGA